AGCUGCCCGAGUGGCUGCGGGACCUGCCGCGGGAGGUGUGCCUGUGCACCAGCACCGUGCCCGGCCUGGCCUACGGCAUCUGCGCGGCGCAGAGGAUCCAGCAGGGCACCUGGAUCGGGCCCUUCCAGGGCGUGCUGCUGGCGCCGGACAAGGUGCAGGCAGGCGCCGUGCGGAACACGCAGCACCUGUGGGAGAUAUAUGAUCAAGAUGGGACACUACAGCACUUUAUUGAUGGUGGGGAACCUAGUAAGUCGAGCUGGAUGAGGUAUAUCCGAUGUGCAAGGCACUGCGGAGAACAGAAUCUAACAGUAGUUCAGUACAGGUCGAAUAUAUUCUACCGAGCCUGUAUAGAUAUCCCCAGGGGCACCGAGCUUCUGGUGUGGUACAAUGACAGCUAUACGUCUUUCUUUGGGAUCCCCUUACAAUGCAUUGCCCAGGAUGAAAACUUAAAUGUCCCUUCAACGGUCAUGGAAGCCAUGUGCCGGCAAGAUGCCCUGCAGCCCUUCAGCAAGAGCAGCAAGCUCUCCCCGGCCACCCUGCAGCGCUCCGUUGUUUUCCCACAGACUCCAUGCAACAGGAACUUCCCUCUCUUGGAUAAGUCUGGGCCCAUUGAAUCAGGAUUUAACCAAAUCAGCGUGAAAAACCAGCGAGUCCUCGCAAGCCCAACUUCCACCAGCCAGCUCCACUCGGAGUUCAGUGACUGGCACCUCUGGAAGUGUGGGCAGUGCUUUAAGACUUUCACCCAGAGGAUCCUCCUCCAGAUGCACGUGUGCACGCAGAACCCCGACAGACCCUACCAGUGUGGCCACUGCUCCCAGUCCUUUUCCCAGCCUUCAGAACUGAGGAACCACGUGGUCACUCACUCCAGUGACCGGCCUUUCAAGUGCGGCUACUGUGGUCGUGCCUUUGCCGGGGCCACCACCCUCAACAAUCACAUCCGAACCCACACUGGAGAAAAGCCCUUCAAGUGCGAGAGGUGUGAGAGGAGCUUCACACAGGCCACCCAGCUGAGCCGACACCAGCGGAUGCCCAAUGAGUGCAAGCCAAUAACCGAGAGCCCAGAAUCAAUCGAAGUGGAUUAACUGAUUGACUGGUUGGAAUUAAACUGCAAGGAAAGUCAUGAUUAAAUGUCACGGACACUUAAGCAAAACCAAAGAUUUCCUCUGAGCAACUUUCAAUCAGUCCCAGAAAACCAAAAGCAGUAAUAAAAUAAGUAAGAUGUUAAGAGAUAUUGAUCCUGGCGUGGCAGUCAGACCAGGAAAGAGAUUAUUUAUUUAUGACUAGGGAUGGAACUGAUUGCAGUGGACAACUGCCCUGGGAUGGUUCACAUUUCCAGUCCUACCGUGUGUUUGCUUUGUUUCUAAAAAGCUUUUUUAAAACUGUUAUUUAAUACCAAAGGGAGGAACUGAGUGGGUUCUUCUACCCACAUUGUGACUAAGAAUGCACAGGGACUUGGUUCUCGCUGCACCUUUUUCAUAGCAUGUUUCGAGGAGACCCGUGGUACAGUCCUUUCUGCUGUUCUGGUUCUGGCCUGGCCCUGCCCGACGCUGGACACCCAGCAGGGACCGCAGAAGCAGCAGCUAGAGCCUUGCUGGGCAGUGCCGCCUGCGGCCCAAGGCAGCUUGUUCAGGACCCUUCUUCGUAUGCACUUUCACAUGGCUCCUUCCGCCCAGCACCGCUUCUUGAUGCAGGAAAGCCGGGAAGAGGAAGAGACCAGCUUCAGCUUGGAAAUGGAAAGGAAGAGGCGGGGACUUCGUCCUGUCAGGAUUUCAAAACAUUUAAAAUGUAUGAAGCUUCAUAAUACAGUAUAUUGUUCCGAAGCAGCUAGUUGAGAAAAGUUUGUUUUCAGUAACAUUUUAGCUUAAAAAGAGGAAAUAAAGUUCUUCACUUUGAGGCUAAAUAUAAGGUAUUAGGCUUGAAGUAAUUUUUGUUGUUUCUGUGCAACCGUUGAAUGUGUGCACAAUCUGAGUGCCGAGCCCAGUGCACAGUAGUUGCGGUACCAGGGGCUUCGUCUUCCUUCCUGUACGGUGGAGCCUGGGAGUCCUCUUUAUUCACUGCGGAGCAUCGCAGAUGCAUUUGUGCAGAAACAGGCCAGACAAAGAAACGUUGAGAGGAGGAGCCACGGAGAGGUUGUGGUUGACCAGACUGCCCAGAACCAGCCAGUUUUAUCAAUAGGAAUUGUCUGUCUCUCUCCUGAGGUUGAUUAAACAAAGGAAGUGUGUACACCAUUUCGCUGUUCUUUGAUUGAGUGCUUGGAAGGCAGGUUUGGUUUCAGCUAGCUUCCUGGCGGUUCAGCAGUGGUGCUCAAGAACUGAGUCAGAUUCUGUGGAGCCUUCCCACGUCAGGAGGAAACUUGAGUCCUGCAGCUGUGCGUCAGUACCUCUCAGAAGCUGGGUUUUCCUCUAUUGCCAGUUGGGAUCAAAGUGAAUAAUUUAUUUAGUGUUUAAUAACAAGGUUUCUUGGUCAACUGAUAGCAAAUUAUAGCCUCUUAAACUUGUCUUUGUGUUCUCCCGUUGUCUUCUGGGGGAGGGAGGGGGAGAGCGAGAGAGCGAGACAGAGAGAGAGAGAGAGAGAGAGAGGGAGAGAGAGAGUAAGCAGAACUCACUAGUGAAAGGCGUGGAGACGGUAGUUGAGAUUAAUCUAUCAUCAUGUAUUGGUUCUCCAAAAAUCUCCCUUCUCUUUUAACUUCAUUUCAUUAUUCUUUAGCACCCAACUGCCACAUUCAAAAUGGGACAAGAUAGGGCCUCAUUAACACACUUGUAAUUAUUAAUCUCUAGGAUUGUGGGCCACAAAGAGAAGUUUGACUAAUUUUGACCUCUGUUGCCCAAUCUCAAAUCAUUCAUCUAAAAUCUACCCCCCCCACUCCGAUUGGCUAUUUGGCAUGGCAAUUGUGCAAUCUAUGCUACUAUGGAACUGUUCUUAAUUGAGAGUAUUUUCCUGGUAGGUAGGAAUGCAUUAUAAUUUUAUAGUUUCCUACCCUAAAAGACUGAGACAUUUGCCAGCAAUGUGUGUCACUGGGAUGGGUGGACAGACUGUGCCACCAUAUUAACCUGAAACUUGCAAUAAAAUAGUAGAUCAGCUGUAGAGAUGAGCAAACUCUUCCAUGUAUUAAGGUUGAGACAUUAAUAUGGUUGAAAUUUUUGAAAACGAUAAUAAGGAACGUAUCUGUAUGUUUAUAAUCUAUUUUCAGUAAGAAAAAUCAGCUCAGUCACUUCACUUCAUUUUCUAGUUAAAUACAAGGUGGCCCACUCAUGGGUCAAAAUGCAGAAUGAGAAGGCUUCGCUUCUCCCUUGAUAGCUGGCAUGAGCAGAAUUUCUAUAACAGUGAGUUCUGCCACCCUGCUGGCUUUGCUAACUGGUCCCAAACUCCUAGUGACUCUGGCAGUAACCCUUACCAGAGGAGUCUUGAGAAUUCUACUCCAUUUAAGUCUGUUAUUUUUUUCUCUGUUACUAAGACUUGCACAUGUAUAUUCCACCAAAUUUGGUCAGAAAAUACUUGUUGCUUAACACAUAGAAAAUUGGAUACUUAAACGUUCCAGGCAUUUGGGAACAUUCACAACUGCCACAUUGCAUAGCCAUUUCACCUUCCAGCAGAGCAGUGUAGGCUGUCUGUCCACAAGAUGGGCCUGCUCUGCAAAAUAAUGUGGGGCCCUGGAGCAGGUGCGGAGAUUGCUGGGUUCCAAAUGCUUUGAGUCAGUGUGUGUCCUAGGAAGAGGUUCCUCCUUGAGACCUCCAGCAGUAGGAAGGCUUUAGAGUUUCCUACUCAGCAUAGACAUGCAGCCGCUUAGUAUACAGUACAGGAGUGGCAGAGUUUGCUGUCAGGAAGAUACGCCAGCUUCCCAUAUUAGAAACUUUGAGACUAAUAAUGGCAUAUAGAUAAUAGAAGCUCUGAGUUACUGAGGAAGGAAGGUACCAAACGCAGACAGUCAGUUGUCUCAGGGUUUGGCUCUCAAAACAAACCUUCUUUACCAUUUUCUGUUGUGGGGCAGAAGAUUGGUUUUUGUUGUUGUUAUUGCUAGAACAAGACUUUCCAGCCUAGCAUAUGUUUAGCUAAGAGUCUAAGCCAAAGGGUAACACUAGAUAAAAGUCAGUGCAAGAGGAGUGGGUGGAUCUGUAGACUAUCACUUUUCUGAAGGAAAGCUGAAUACUUUGCCCAGGAAAUGUGCAUUUUUUUUUUUUUUUUGCUAAAGUUUUCACUUUGGUUCUGUCUUCAUAUUUAAAAUUUUCUUUUUUCAGGGGAGAUACACUUCUACAAAGCUAUUGUAUAGAUAAAGCUGUAAAUGUUAACCUUGUAUAACUAAUAUAAUUUGAUUCCAUCGGUAAAUUUUUAUUGAGUAUUCAUUCAAGUGUAGCCUUGUUAAGAAACUAUAACAGAUUAUGAUACCACUUCUACUUCACACGAUUAUUAUUUAUUGGAAUUUACCUUGGAAAAAUGUCAUUCUAGUCCAGAUCUACAAGUAUUUAUAAACAUUUGCAAACUCA